UGCAGCAUGGAGAGUUAUACAUUUGAAGCACAAAUCAAUGAUAUCAUGUUAUAUGGUACUUUCGUUAAACCAUGUUGUGCACUGGCUUGUGAGAAAUUUGAAAAGUGUUCUUCAAAGAAAUACAAACCAGAUGAUAUCUGGACAAUAUGGUGUAAUAAACCAGUGUAUGAGCUUCACAGAUACUGUGAUGUGAUUAAAAUAUAUACCUUUUGGCCAUUUUUAUUUGAACGUAGACGUAACCUCAAUGAGAAAUUUAAUGGAGAUCUCAGCGAAACUCACUUCUGUGAGCUAACUUUGGAGAGCUUGAGUGAAAUGGAGACUUUAGAAGAUGUUACUGAUCUGGCCAAAAGAUUCGCAGAUGUCCCACAUUUCAUCAAGGGCUUAUUGAAAAUUGGAAAUGAAAUAGACAGUAGGCUCUUUAACAUUGCUGAUGCCUUUGAAUGGUUGAAAUAUGCAGAUAUUGGGAUUUUGCAGAAACUAGAAACUCUUGGAAAUUAUUGCUGGCCUUUUCUAGAAGCCUUUUUUGCUGAAUACAAACAUUAUAUAAGCAAAGUUGUAUUGGAGGAUUACAAUUUAGUAGAAGAAUUUGAAUCUCAUCACUGUGAAAGUUGUAUAAAGAAAAGUAAUGAUAUGAAAAAGAGAGGAAAUGAAGAAUUUGCUGAAGAGAACUUUGAAAUUGCUAUCGCCUCCUAUACAAAAGCUAUAGAACUUUGGCCUGAGAAUCACCUUCUUUAUGGCAACCGAGCCCUUUGUUUUCUCCGAACGGGACAGUAUAAAAAAGCCUUGGGUGAUGGGAAAAGGUCUAUUAUUUUGAAGCCCAGCUGGCCAAAGGGACACUACCGAUACUGUGAUGCACUGUCACUUUUGGGAGAACACAGAAAAGCACUGGAAGCCAAUGAAAGAGGUCAAGAACUGUGCAGCAAUAGUCCUGAAGGAAUUAAGGAUCUUACUCAGCAACAUGAGAAAUUAAAAAAGCCAAUGGAGGAAAUCAGAGGUGUGAAGCAAUAUAAACACAGAAUAAAGAGAACAAUAUUUCAGAAAAAUUCUUCAGAAUCUGCUUCAGUCAGUUACCAGCAAUCAAAAAAAUCUAAUGAAAAGAAAAUGCAGUUUGACAAUCACAACCACCUCAAUCAGAAGAAACAUAUAAAAGUGUCUGUUGAUGCAUCAAAAAAAGAACAAAAAGAUUGGUUUCCAGAUUUAGGGCCCAAUGAAAAUACAGGAAAACCAAGGAGCAGAAUGAGUGAUUCUGAAAAGAUGUGUGGCCAGCUGAAUUCUAAAGUUGACUGUCAAAACUGGACAGACAAACAGGAUACUCCUUUUAGUUCUAUGCAUCAGGUCGAUGGAAUGCUCUCAGUAGAAAAGUUGAAGACUUAUGUAAAAGAUGGAUGUACAGCCUUGAUGGAUCAUCGUUUUCACAGUGCUGAAAAAUCUUUUGCACAAUUAUUGAAUGCUCUAGAUCCAUUACAGCUGCAGCACCUGAGUUUUGGUAUAGUUGAUUAUGUUGUGAUCAUCUAUGGAUAUGCCACUGCUCUUCUUGGAAUAGGGCAGCCUGAGGAACUAGCAAAAGCUGAAGACCAUUUUAAUAAGAUAAUUGAACAGUAUCAGAAAGUAAGGUUUAAUUGCUUGGCACACUAUGGAAUUGGAAAAGUAUAUAUGAGACAGAACAGAUUUUCAGAAGCUCUAGACCAAUUCAUGAAAUCAAAGUUCAUGGCUGGUUAUAAGAUUGUGCCUGGCGUAUUAACGUGGCCUACAACUUCUGAAGUUAUCGAAGAGACACGAGCAGAAAGAUUCCAAGUUAUGUUGGAGGACUGUAUUGAAGAAUGCAAGUUUCCUCCAAAUCCAGAUGCAGUUUGUCGCAACCAACAGUGCCAAGCACAUAAAAUCAAAAUAUAUUUUAGUGAUCCAGAUUUCAAGGGUUUUAUACGUGUUACUUGCUGUGAACAAUGUAUAGUGGAGUUUCAUGUAAGCUGUUGGAAAAAGCUGAAAUCCACAAAAUUCAGUGAUAAAAAUGACAAGGAUUUUCUUCAACAAGUCUGCUUCACUCCAGAUUGCAGAGGCCUCAUUUCAAAAAUUGUUAUCUUCAGUUCAUCUGGUCUUAUAAAAUGUGAGUUCGAGCAUAAAAUAAAAAGCAAGAAUCCCCCAAGGCCCAUUGUUAAACAGAAAUGUUCGAGUUCUAGGAACUUAAAGUUAAAACAUGAAAAAAAACUAAGAAGAAAAUUUAUGAAAGAAACAGCCUUGAACUCCACAAAAGAUACUGCAGAUGAAUAUCAAAGAGGAAACAGUGUACCAAAACAUGAUACUCAUAAAGGAACUGUUCAGAAGUGGUUAACUUCUGGUGAUACUGCCCUGCAACUUAUUAUACAGAACACUGAAAAAAUAAAGACAGGUGUACAUGAUAUUUCUAAGCUUCUUAAUGAACUACUGUCAUGGUGGGCAAUUAGCAAAGAGGACUAUGCUGUGUAUACCGCAAGCAGUGCAUCAUCAAGUGAAAUAAUAGAAGAACUCAUAAACUACUUCAUUUGUAAAAAAAACAGAGUAAAGACAAGAAUUUUUAUUCAUGUUCUAAGUGAAUUUGAAGAAAUGGAUUCCAAACUGCGUGAUUGGAUGAUUCAUCUCAACAGAAAUGGCCUAGAAGCUUCAGAAAUAUUUUUCUCUCGUUAUGCACAUUCUAUUCUGCAGCUUGACCUCAGCCUUGUAAUGGUACUCUGGAAUGAGACUUAUGGUAUUAAGCUGGAUUGUAUUCUGAGCUGCUCAUCUCAAGAUUAUGAUGAAAUCUUUAGCUUCUUUUCUAACUCAGCAGUCAUACAGCUUCGCUGUUUUAUAUGGCUAUUAGAAGAGAACAGAGAGAAUUUUCCAUCUUUUCAUCAAUUUUUAGAUGAAUACUUCAAUAAAAUGGAUAAUCCUUUUACUGUUUUAAAGAAGCAGGAAACUGAAACUACUUCAAAUAAUGGUAUCAAAGUAAAAAACAGAAACCGAAAGAAGCCGAAGGAAUCAAGGGCUAUUUCAGUUCUCUCUGGAGGAGUAGGCACAGCUACUCGAGAGGAAGACAAUAUAUUUUCAGAAGAAAAUGCAUUAAGUUUUAUGAAUCCAUGUGAACCUUUCAGAAUUCCAGAUUACCUUUAUGAUCAAGUUGAGGAAUUUGAAGCUUUGUUUAAUGUUUCUUCCAGUAGCAAUUAUCAGAGAAUGUUGGACAACUAUCCCAACCCAACUUGUGAAAACUUGUAUGACUAUUUUUCUCAAAUCUUGGAAGAACAUGGCCCAAUGGAAAUUGAUAGCCCGCUGUUAAUUGGAGAAUAUGAAUACUUUCCUGCAGCCACCCGUAAGAUUGUGGAAAAUGCUGGUGGUCUGAAAUCUUUCCUGCUGCAGUCGCUACGUUUUAUUAUGAUGGAUGACCUUAUUGGUUUGAUGAAACAUGCCGUUAUGCUGAAUGUAAACGUAGAUGUCUCUGAAGUUGACAAUGGAGAAAAUUAUUCAAGCUGCCUAACUAGUCAAGAACAGAAUUCCCAAAGUAAACCACGUUUAAACCCAGCUGCGAAGGAGUUUAAGCCUAGCUCUCAUAUUAAUAAAUCUUCCGUGCCAAUAACUACUGACUCAGUAGACAGCAGUAACCUAGAAUAUAUGACUACCAGCCAUUCCUCUUUUAGUCCUUUUAUUCCUACGUAUUCUUUUUCUGGUCAGACAACUGAACCAAUAGCAGCAUCACUGCCUACGUCAAAAGUAUCAUUGCCUUCAACUUUAUCUGACAACCACCCAGUAUUUCUAAAUGAGGUUCCUCUGGACUUUCAGAGUGAAAGAACGCUUCCAGUCAUUACUCAAAUAUUGCUUAUGCCAGAGGUAUCAGAUCAGUCUAAUUAUAUAUAUACAGAUUAUGAUUCUUAUCUUGAUACUGAUCCAGAAGCAGUAUCAAGCAGCAAUUACAGUGUUGGUAAUCUUGUGGCAAGUGAUGAAGUGCAAACGUUCCAGAAUCUUCAGUGCAUGUUAGCAAAGACAGAAAAUCAACCUUAUGAACAAAACCUUUAUCAGAUUGAACAUCAUAGUAAUGAAGCUGGAUCUAGUUCUGUUACCAAAAUGGAAACCGAUAAUAAGUCCAUAAUAAGAAACAAUCCCCCUUCCAGGAUGAUUGCUAUUCAGGUAGAUCAUGAACUGACAGAUGCAGGAGUUAAUACUGUGCCUUUCCAUCCAUAUGAAAUGCAGCAGGGAGAUAUGUUACGUAUGGAGAAAGAGCAUCAGGUACUACAAGAACAACUUAAAGAAGCAAAUGGGAAAUAUGAACAGCUAAAAUGUCGAAGCUCUGAAGAAAUCAGUGUUUUAGAAGAAGAAUUAGAAAAAAGUGUGGAAGGAAACAAGCUUGCCAAGAAAGAACUGGAUUGGUUUCACACAGAUUUAGAAAUGGUGAUAAAAAGAUGGCAGCAGGAAAAAAAAGAAAAUCAAGAGGGAUUAAAAGCAAGAAAAAGUAAAAUAAAAAAGCUAACAGAUACGAAUGAAAUGUACAAGAGGAGCAUUGAUGAGAAGGAGAAGCAAUACAAAUUGUAUUUGGAUAAAUUCCUUGAGAUCAGCAAUAAGUUUGAAAAUGAGAAAGUAAAAAUGGAGGAGCUUAUAAAAAAGAGUCGCAAUGACCACCUGGAGCGUGUUAAGCAGGCUGUUGCAGCAGAGGUGUCGGUCCUUAAAAACUGGAAGGAUGCUGAAUUGUACAAGUUGCAUGGAAGAGUAGCGCAUGCAGAAACCACUCUUAAAUACCUAAAGGUCAUGAAUGGUUGGUCAGCAUCACCUGAUAUGAAGUUUCAAGUUGAUUCUUUGCAGUCCUUUAUUUCUAAUAUCAAAGAAGAAACGGAAAAAGCAGAGAGUCAGUUUGAAGAGAAAAUUUGCAUGGUAAAAAAUGGUGCCUUUCUAAACAGUAUCUCCAAAGUAGAAAUUGCAGAAUUUGAGCUUCCUCUCAUUCCGUCAUCAGCAACGUAUGAGAAACCUCCUAUUAAUGAUCCAGCUAUUGUCAUGUAUUCAUCUGGGACUCCUCACCCGCCAUCUCAUUUUCUUGAUAUGUUUUCAAGUGUUAAAGAUAACAGUCCGCUUCACUCCCCAGUUAAUAAGCAUACUGGAAGUAAAACAUCCCACAAAAAUUCUCACGUGUCCUCUCCUGCAUGUGAAGACUCUGGUGAAGCACUCCUUCAGAGUACAGGGAAGUCACAUUUCGAUGCAGUAUGUCUGUCCAAGUCACCGAGGAACUCGAGAAGACAUGUCCAGGAUAUCCAGUCACAGCACAGUACUCUAGAAGAACCAGCAGCAGCUUCAAGGCUGGACCAUAACAGAGCUGCAGACCAGCUGCCUCUUCCACAGCCAACUGAAAGUAUCAUUGACCAACUUAGGGCUAUAUUCCCAGACUAUACAAGUUCAGAUUUUGACACCUUUAUAAAAGAACUAAAAGUCAGCAAUAGAAACAAACUGAGCAUGGACGAACUCCUUAACUUUAUUCUGGAUCACGCAAACAAGAAGAAGAUUAACUCCCCUCCAGGUAAAAUUGAGCAACCAUCUUCCUCCAAUUCAGGACAGAGCAGAAAUCAGACUCAAAAGAUAAAGACAUCCAACUCAAGGCCUGGUCAUGAAAAAACAAAGAAAAAAGCUCUCCCACCGGCAUCAACUCAACUGCCUUGGAAAACCGAUGGAGGAAUAGCAAAAUCUAAGUGGAAUAAGUCUAGUGAGGCCACUGAUAAUGAUCCCUGUGUGAUAUGCCAUGAGGAACUUAGCAUGGAAGAAUUCAGUGUGCUAGAUUGUGGACACAAAUUUCACAAACUGUGUAUUGGUCCAUGGAUUAAGGAGCACAGUACGUGUCCAACAUGUCGGCGUCAUGUUUUGUUACCUGAAGAUUAUCCUGAGCUUCCUGGACGAAACAGAUGUACUUGAAAUUUUGUUGCCGUAUACAGAUUAGUGAGAGAUGUGUGCAGUCUGCUUUGUCU